AUGAUAUCCAUGCAGCGUUCCCUCUCGUCGCCAGUCGCCAUUCAACCGUCGCCGCCCCGCUCGGCCCCGGCCUCGCGAUCGCCGACCCCGUCCCCUUCCGACAACAACCAUGUCGAGAUCUCCCGCCCACGUCGGCUCCGCUCCCGGAGUCCGACUCGCUCCGCCAAAGAAUCGAUGAACGGUACUAGCCGCCGCAACAACGAUGACCUGUCCCGGCGACCAUCCGUCCUCCACAUUCCAAGCUCGGUCUCCGCCCGCAGCAAGCCCAUUAUUGACCAACCGAGCGCCCCCCCGGCCGCGCCGGCACCGAACGAUUCAUCCGACAGCCUCGAGGGUAACGGGUUUCCUUCGUCCCUGGCGGAUGACAAGCAUGGCAACAUGAGAUUUUUGCGGCCACUGCUGACCGAUGUGUCACUGUACACAAACCCCAAUCUCGGCCCGGAGGCCGAGGGCACGAGCCUGGGUGAGCUGGCGCAUCUUGUGCGACUCUCAAAGUACCAGGAGCGCAAGCGCGCAAACACAAGGAUCCGCCUCCAGCGGAAUUUGGUAUCCACUGCCCUGUCUGCCCGGUUAAUGAGAUGCGGUGAGAUGGCCCAUCGCAACCUAGUGGACGGCUUCCGCGGCGACAACAAGAAGACUUUUGGUGCCUUGUACAACGCCGUCAUCGAUGUUCGGAGGAGUUGCGACGAGACACGACGUUAUGCCGUGCUGGAGCUGGACAUGGAGCUGAACCAGAGCACCGGGCUGACUUCGUCCGAAAGUUUGGACACCCCGACUGGAUCCCUGAACGGGGCAACCCCAUCUCCGGACGCCGUGACCCCCUUUUUGAAUGACGUUUCCCCGUCUUCCCGAGAGACGAUUUUAAGGUUCCUCAACCAGAUCAGGACAAACCCUGAUUAUUUGGCUACCCGCAUUGCAUCGCUCAAGAACUCGGAACUCACAGCUCUCACGAGCUUUCAUCAGAACCUCGAGGCGAUUGAGUCCGUGCUCCCUUACCACGGUGGUCGGUCGUCCGGCCGCAGUGUAUCGGGGAGUUCUGUGCUCCCUGGGUCUAGCAGCAAUGCCGGGAGCGGAGCAACCAAGGAGCGCAGCGCGAUCGAGCGGCUGCUAUCCUUCCAACGCCAUGAUCCCAUUUCGGCCCUGAUCUACACCUGCUUUGCUAACUCUGCGGGCCCUGACAGCGCCGAGGACAAGCGCCGGACCGUGGCGUGGGCCAACGCCUGCGCACGCCUCAUCUCUACUCCGUCGACCGGCAGCGAGCAAACCGUCAUUUCGGUCCUCAAUGUCUGGGUCUCGAUGCGUGACUGGGCUGGUAAGUCCAACAUGGAGUGGUACCUCAUGAAGAUCUUGGAAGACGGAGCGUUCCUCCUGGACCGUGCCGAGGACCAGCACGGAACCCGCUUCAACAUGUCGGAUUGGUCGUCCAAGGACCAGAUUGCUGCCGAGGAGUUCUACACCAAAGCCGUGGAGGAAUUGUUCGAGGUCAUCGACGACGAGGAUGCCACCGGUAUCCCAGAAGGCCUGCUGGAGCUGGGAAAUGAGCUCCUCAAGCGCCUCGACAAGAGAGUCGCCGAGACGACCCGACGUUGGCUCAUCGCGAAAUACAUGUUCACCGUUUGGCUGCUCGGCGUUGUUAUCCACCCGGAGGCAUACGGCAUGAUGGCCGAGUACCAUAUCACCGAGUACGGACGGCAAAAGAUCCUCAAGACCGUCGCCAUGCACGCGCAGAAAUACGUCGUGGAUAUGCUGCAGAGCAUGACCCCCGUGUCCACGCCGACUAAGAUCAAGGGCCAUAUCGAGAGCAUUUACAGCCGCUUCAAGGACCCAUCCAAGUUUCGAAAAAAGCCCAGGCUCCUCCCCGUGCGGUCCAUUACCUCGCUCCGGGAAACAGCUGAGGUCCGGCCCUAUUUGGUCAUCAGCCCCGCCGACCUUGCCACGCUGGUCAACGCCCUUUUUCCCGAACGCAGACCCCGAUCUGCCCACUCCAGCGGAUUCCGUUCCGGUGCGCCCUCCGUUUCCGGAUUCUCUGCCAUUUCACAGCCCAUGUCUAUCCGGACUGCGCCGAGCACCUUUGACACCAUGUCCGUCUUGAGUACCAGUGCCGAGUCUUCGUUCAGCGACGCCACAACAUCUCGGGAACCCCUUUUGGAUGAGGAAAGCCCACACCGGCAUUCCCCAUCCGCACCGGAGCCGCCGAAACCCAACAACUACGAGGAGGACGGGUACCAUCUCCGGUUGGCCAUUCAUGAGAUGACACAGGUUUUGGGCCAGGAAGUUGUGCACGGGUCAUGCCACCCGUGCGCCGAGCGAUGGUCUGUGUUGUUCAUCUCGCCCGACGGGAACAGGCUCUCUACCCACAUGACUUUUGAUCCGGACGAGGAAGUCGGGGAAGAGAACUCUUCGGACACUAGUGACACAGAGGGCGAGGACACUGACGAGGGACGCCCCGAGCUGAGCAAGGAUUACCACCAGCUGCGGGAUUCUAUUCUGAAGUUAGUGCAGGACUAUGAGAUCCCCCAGAGCCUGGAAAACGAUGGUGCCCAGCAGCAAACAUUCAGCAACCGAGCCUCUACUCUGAAGAAAUACCGGAACAAGAACCGGAUCAUUACCACCAUGGGAAGCCGGAACCCCUACCGCCAACGGGCGGCUAGCAUCGCGAGCAGUAUGGCUGAAAGCCCCCCGAAAAGCCUGAAAGGAAAAGAGACCGACCAGGCCGCGGACAACUCAUCGCCGCUUAUCACUAUGUUGUCCGCAGCCUGCUCACAGUCCCGCGCGCAGUCAGAUUUUGUUAACGCGCACCUUUACUGGAGGACCCUCCAGCAGCUCAAUGCCCUGAGCUCGGAGUCACUGCGUCGCGAGGGGUUUUCCGCACUUCUCAACAUCUUUUCACGUGGCCCUAAGGAUUCCAUCCGCCGCUCAGCAGCCGCCAUCGAAGAAUAUGACGCGUGGUUGGUCUGGCUCAAGCAAAGCCAGGAGCGGGCCGAAAGCCAAAUUGAGAGCAUGAUGCGCCGGCUGCGGUCGCUACGCGACAAGAUGUGGUAUGUCACGGAUGUGCGAAACUCGGCCGCAUAUGAAGACUCGCGCAACGUCGCGGCAGCACUUAAAACCAUGGGAACGCCUCGGAGAUGGGCGUCAUUCCAGCGCGUCAAAAACCACAUGCAACGUGGGCCUGCCUCCAACUACCUCUUCCGGACCGAAUCCCAGAUCCUGGAACUCUUGGCAGCACCGGAGGAUCAAGGCGGCCCCAACAAGCUCCGUGACGAACAAGCCGAGAAGACGGGCCGCUGGCUCCAGCAGUCAGGGGUGGAGAACUUUUGCCAGGGCGAGGAACGCAUCCAUCGCUUCUGCUGUGAGCUGGACAACUGCGUCAGCAAACUCGUCGGUGACAGCAUCCAGGACGGGCCGGUGUUGUGGUCCAGUGAGCUCUUUGCCCGAGACCGACGGGCUUUCGAAACGACAAGCAAGACCACACGCGGGAGAGACCAGGACAACCAGUCCGUGUGGGACGAUUCAAUCAGUGUCAUCAGCGACCCUGACCGCCGGUACGUGUCGGUCAGCCGUCCGGCUUCCAUUAACAGCCGGGAUUUGAGAUCCCUCUCCGGCAACAACAUGAGCACAAUGUCUUUUGAGUCGAGCCGCUUCAGCUACUCUCGCGCCAGCACAGCUAUGUCCGAAGUCCUGGACGGGUCCGAAUACUUUGGCGCUUCGUCUCCGGUCCACCAGAUUGACCCCAACGCAACCUUCUGGUCACCCUUCCAACACCGGGCCACCUCUCCCAGCGCCACGUCCCGAGCGCAUUCCCCGACUACCAGCCUGACGAACCUAUCAAGCACCUUCUUCCCGCCGCACCAACAGCAGCCCCCAGCUCAAGCCCAUUCAUCCACCAGCCGGCCCGGCACCUCUGUCUCAUCCAACGAAACGGUGUACCAGCAGCGCCAAUCCGAUGAGAAAACCCGCUUCCUUGCCGAGCUGCGGCAGACCCUGACCAGCCUCCUCCUCUCCGACCUAGGGAACCUUGUUUUUGCCCGCGGAUCAGAAACGGACGCGUGGUUCGAAGGCCUGGGCCAGGAGUGCAUCGACCGCCGAGAGGCAAUCCAGCGGCGUGCGCGUAAAGCGCAAGCCAAGGAUAAGCGCAGGUCUGCCAAGUCCGGUUUGAAGCAGCGAUUCCUCGAGCAGAACCGCAGCUUUGGCGAUGUUCGCGCAACUCUAGUCCAUCAAGAUGGAUUGAGCGACAAGGCGCUUUCCGACACCCAGAGUCUCGGCCCAGAAGGGGCUGGCGGUAGUCAGCGUGGGAGCCAACGCGGGAGCCAACGCGGCAGUGUCUACGGCGGCAGCAUCCACGGCAACGAGAGCUCGGGGACUAAUGACACCAUCUCGGCCCGGAGGCACAAUCAGGAAUCCCGGAGAGAGUCCUUGCCCGACUUCCCUUUCACCAAGGCCUACCAGAGGCUCCUCAAAAUGUUCUGCGUUCAUCCGAACCCACAAGUCAAACUCAACGCGCUCUGCGAACUGGAACAUCUCAUCGCGGCCUCACUCAGCUCGGGUUCUCGGCGUGCCCGCCUAGCUUGGGCACGAUCUGAUAUGGGCUCGGCAUCCUCUGCGACGGACGAGCAUGGCACUGGCGGCACAAGUCGUCCCCAGCCCCUGGAAGAGACCAUCGACAAUGUCAAGGAACGCCGCUCCCAAACACUGAUGCAAGCACCCAACUUUGGUACCGGCGCUCAGACCGGCCGGACUCCAGGUGGCAGUGGCAAUGCCGAGACUCGCUCCAUCGCUUCUGUUUUGCCUGCCAACAGCGACGCAGUCGCCAACAUUCUUCAGGCUCUCUUCCGUGACCCGGCCCUGCGCCCGAAGACGCUUUUCCGCGACCUGCAAUUCAUCUCGGCGUUUUGUCCCCCGACCGUGCUCGACAAGACGGAGAAGGGCAAAGCAUUCUGGGACGCCGGCAUUGCCGCUUUGAGCCUCAAGCAGGAAGUCUGCCGUACUAUGAUCGAAGUUGCCGAUGAGAUUGUCAAGAACGAGGCACAGUCCCGUACAGCAGCAGCCAUGGCCGCCGCAGCGAGUAUCGCGAACAACAACGGACCGGGCAGCACCGCGUCUGACUCUACCGUUAACACGCCCACCACUGAACACCCGCCUGGGUCUAUCCCACCGCUCUCACCACCGCCUCCAUCCCCUCCCUCGCCGUUGCCGUUGUCCAGACAUGCCCUUGCGGACGCCGCCACGAUGUGGGCCCUCACCGCGAGGGAAGGAGAUCCCACAGCCCAGCGCGAGCUGGCCCUCUUUUCAAUGACUUAUCCCGAGUUGGCGCCGCGGACGUCGUUGCCUUUGUCUAAGCCCCGGGAGGUGUUCAAGCCAGCCGUCAUGGAGAAGUAUGGCAGUAGCGGUGGGUCGAGGUAUCACCAACAUAUGCAAAGUGACAAUGGUGGGUUGGGAUCUGGAGGAGUUGGCGGUUCUGGGAUUGGAGGCGGUAGUGGUGUCGAUGGGGGUGGGGGUGGAGGAAAGGAGGAUGUGAAGAGUGAUCCUGCGCUGAUGUGUCUCGCUAUCCAUUGGAUGGAGGCGGCGGAGCGUGGGGGGGAUGAGUUGGCGCGGGCUUUCAUGGCGCAGGAGGUUGGAGCGGGAUUGAGGGGUUGA